AUGGUGAUUGAUUAUUCCAAGUGGGAUCAACUGAAGUACUCGUCUUCUUCUUCUUCGGAAGAAGAGGACGAGGGUGAAAAAGAAGCGGAAAUUACGCUGGAGAAUCUCUCGAUUUCUUCUUCUUCUUCUUCUUCUUCUUCUUCUUCACCGAUUUGGACCGGGUUGGUGUUGCAUCAUAAGGAUGUGUUUGUCUCGCACGUGCUUCCGAAAUUGAACGAGAUAGAUCGGUGUUUCUUUUCAGAGGUGAAUAGAGAGAGUCGGGGUGUGCUUGAGUAUGCCGGGGUAAAAGUAUCGAAAUUAUGUUGGAAUGUUUACGAAUGUUCAUCCAUUUCGACGUUGGAAUGGGCGUGGAAUAACAUGCCCUGGGGAGAGAAAUUUGAAGAUGGAACGGUGAGAGAUCAAGCCGGGUUUUGCGAGCAAGUUGCUGCAACGAACAAGCUCGAGUUCCUCGAGUGGGCGAGAGAAGUGAAACAUUGCGAGUGGGAUGAAAGGACGAUUGACGAGGCGGCAUUUAAAGGUAAUCUCGAGAUGCUCCAGUACUGCUUCUCUAAUGGUUGCCCGUGUGAUGGAAAAAAGUCGUACAUUCGAGCUGCUCUUGAAGGACACCUCGACUGUGUUCGAUUUCUUUUCGACAAAGUGGAACCUUCGCGAGAGACGGAAAAAGAAGCGGCAAUGCAAGCAGCAGGAUUGGGUCACACAGACAUCGUGAAAUAUUUCGUUGAAGAAAGAAAGAUAUCGGAUGAGGGAAAGUUCACCUGCGUCGGAGGCGCUGCAGCGUAUGGCCGCCUCGAUUGCCUCAAAUACUUAUUAGGCGAAGAGGCGAAAGCGCCUCUUAACUUCUGGCACUACAUCGCGUACGCUCGUUACUGCGAACACCCCGAUUGCGAAAACUACUUGCUCGAAAAAGGGUGCCCAGAACCAACGGACGAAGAAUACGCUUGGUUUAUCGAGCAGGAGAACAGGCUACGAGAAGAGAUAACUCGUUCUUAG